AGACGAAUGGUCAAACAUAUUUAAAAAAAUCAACGGCAUCAAAUAUUUAGAAACCGAGAGAGUAAUUAAAAGUUGGUCUUUUUUUUACCGAGCGAGUAAAAAGCACUAGAAGCACAAUCUGGGAUGGGAUUCUCGGCAGAAACUGUCACUGACAUGUGGUCCCAUUCUCUCCUAAGCGAUUCCUGGCUGUAUACUGGGGCCACGUCGAGCACCACCUACACGGGAGGAAACCGAGCGCCAGCGCCGGCAAACGGAGAAUCCCGGCGGAGAUGCCGAACCCCAAGCCACCGGCCGGUCGCGCCGGCGGAAACCACGACGGGGCUCUGCCUCUGGCCGGUUUCGCCCCGUACAACCAGAUGCCUCCCCCAAACUGGCUGACACACCGAUGCCGAGCGGCCGGCGCGCGCGGCUACAAAGGCAGAGCAGGCAGAGGACGGGCUGGAUUUUCAAACGCUCGCCGCGGCGCGCGCCGAUCGAUCGAUCGAUCGAGGAGGAGCCCUCUACGAGAUGGCGGCGGCGGCGGUGCGGCACCGCGAGGUGGAGGUGGCGAGCGGGGUGCGGCUGCACGUGGCGGAGUCGGGACCGGAGGGCGGGCCCGUGGCGCUGCUCGUGCACGGCUUCCCGGAGCUCUGGUACUCGUGGCGCCACCAGAUGCGCGCGCUCGCCGCGCGGGGGUUCCGCGCCGUGGCGCCCGACCUCCGCGGCUACGGCGACUCCGACGCGCCGCAGGGCAGGGACUCCUACACCGUCCUCCACCUCGUCGGCGACCUCGUCGCCCUCAUCGCCGACCUCGGCCGGCCCCAGGUGUUCGUCGCGGGGCACGACUGGGGCGCCGUCGUGGCGUGGCAGCUGUGCCUGCUCCGGGCGGACCUGGUGACGGCGCAUGUCAGCCUCAGCGUGGAGUACCAGCCGAGGCAUCCCCGGAUGAGCGUGCUCCAGGCCGUCAGGGUUCUCUGCGGGGACGAUCACUACGUGUGCCGCUUCCAGAAACCCGGAGUGGCUGAAGCUGAAUUUGCUCGACUCGAUUUAAACCAUCUGUUUAAAAUGGUGUUUGGAAUGCGCAAACCGGCAACUAUUAUUCUACCCCAGGACAAGACAUUCUUUGAUGCAAUUGAUUCAGAUGGUACUUGCCCUCCAUGGCUAUCAGAGGAAGACAUUUCCUACUACGCUGACAAAUUCGGCAAAACAGGGUUCACAGGAGGAUUCAACUACUACAGAUGCAUUGACCUGGAUUGGGAGCUGACUGCACCAUGGACUGGGGCUCUGAUAAAUGUUCCGAUAAAAUUCAUCGUCGGUGACCUGGAUCUCACAUACAACACACCAGGUGUGAAGGAUUACAUUCACAAGGGUGGAUUCAAAGCCAAUGUGCCGAAUCUGGAGGAUGUGGUUGUCCUGGAGGGAGUUGGCCACUUCAUCAACCAGGAGAAGCCUGAUGAGGUUUCUGAACACAUCUGUGAGUUCUUUAGCAAGUUUCUGAUGUAAACGAAAUCUGGUGGAGUCUAGUACAUGUCUGUAUGUCGACUACAGACAUGAAUUCCACGGUACUAAAAAUCUCCAAAUAAAAUAUCAUGGCCACUUUUUUACAGUAAAA